AUGGGUUAUUGCUGCCGUGCCUGUCCUCAGGUCUUUGCGACCUCUGGCCUCCGUGACGGUCAUGAGUCCGACACUGGCCAUUACCGUUUCAGAUUCCCCUGCCUCAUGUGUGAUCAGGUCUUUGAGACCCGCGAGGAAUCCGCCCACCAUAUGGACUCACUCAUGCAUUACGAGCACAAGUGCGACCAAUGUGGCGAGCAUUUUGAAGAGAAGGCUCAUCUCACCAUGCACCAGAACUCUCCCGUGCAUCGCCCCCUGGUGCACAAGUGCGCCUUUUGCCCCUCGGUUUUCGGCACUCCCUCUGCUGUGGUUCACCACCUUGAGUCCAACUGCUGUGAGGUCGCUGUUUGGCAAGACAUCGAUCAUCUCUUCAAGGUCAUGAAGAGCAUCGACAAGGAGAACUUGUUCACGAUCGCCGCAACCGAGCCCGACCACAAGGUCUCCCUCAACUACACCAUCCACGGUGACUACUUCCACUGCCCUCACUGCACUUCUCGUUUCAAGAAGGAAGUUGGUGUUAUCGCGCAUCUCAAGUCGCCCGUGCACCGCAAGCGUCUCUACCAUUGCCUCAACAGCACCCAGCGCUGUGGCAAGACCUUUUUGACCCUUGCUUCGCUCUGGAACCAUCUGGAGAGUGGUUCAUGCGGUUAUCUUCUCUUUGAUGCUGUGGAGGAACUUCACGCCAUCAUCAAAGAUGCAGCCACGCACCACCGUCCUCUCUACUUUGAGGACCUGGCGCUGUAA